AAUUUCAACCCCACACGCCAAUCAACUUGCAAUAGCGGGUUUGCUCUGUCAAGAGCUAACUGCCCACUAUAAGGCUCUCGCCUCUGUGUCUAGGCCUUAAGCUAAGACAGUAACAGUACUUGUUCAUAGCUUUGGUAAACGAUUCCACAAUCCAUCCUUUACCUUGGCUUAGAAGCGAGGUCGGCUUCCACCGUCGUGCGGACGCGCCUGUAAUCCAAGUGAGGCCUGCUGACUUGAUUCCGGCGUAGCUAUAUAACGCAUUUCAAUGUUGGGUUGAACAAGUACCCGCCGAACGGGGCUGGCACAUGUCAGGCUGCCCCGUUAUCAAGCCGUCUCCACGAUCGCGCGCGCCUAAGCUUUAGCUUAAUGCUACAAGGCUUCGGGUCUCAGCAUGCAUGGGUUAAAGCCACGCGCACGCGGCAACCGGCUGUGGCCGCGCCACCGCAGCCGUUGGGUUGCGGCGCCUCCCAGCCCGCGGCUGCGGCCAACCCCGCGGCCGCGGCCCCCGAGCCCAAACCCAAGCCGCCGCCCAGCCCGCCCAAGGCCUCGGCCGUAGCCCCCACGCCCGCACCUGCACCUGCACCCGCACCUGAGGCCGCCGCGCCCGCCGCGCCGCCGCCGCCGGCGCCCCCCAGCCGCUCCGCCAGCACCAAGGCCGCGGCGGAGGCGGAGGCCGCUAAGAAGGCUGAGGAGGAGGCGGCCAAGAAGGCGGCGGAAGCUGCCGCGGCCGCAGCCGCCAAGGCAGCAGCCGACGCCGAGGCCGCCAAGGCGGCAGAGGCGGAGGCGGUGGAGGCGGCCCGGGCGGCGGCUGAGAAGGAGGCGGCGGAGGCUGAGGCUGCUGCUGCCGCGGGCGGCGAGUCGGGUCCCCCGCCAGUUGCCCGCAGCAGCAGUUUGCUGGAUGUGGUCCGGGGCACGGACUUUGAGGUGCGGGACAAGGUGAAGGAGGCGCUGCCCUCCAUGAGCUUCCCGGUCUCCGCCGCCGCCAGGGAGGUGGUGACGCUGGCGCAGCAGGCCGCCCAGGCCUACGCCAACGCCGACAACCUGGCCUCGCUCAAGCAGCGCGCGGUGGCGGGGCUGGCGCUGCUGCACAUGUUCGGAGACCUGCUGCGGGAGGCGCCGCCGCCGCCGGGGGCCGCGGCGGCGGCGGCGGCGGCCAUUGGCGCCACGCCGCCCGAGGACGACCCCGAGGGAGCGCCGCAGGUGGCUGUGGGCAUGGGCCUGCACUACUGCGUGUCUGUGUUCCGGGAUGUGGUGGCGGGCAUGUCCGCCCUGGCGCGCCCCUACACCGGCCGCGGCUGCGUGCUGCACAUGCUGGCGGCGGACGGCGGGGCGGAGCGCGGCGCCUUUGAGCGCCUGGUGGGCGAGCUGACGGCCCUGGCGGACGACAUCAUGGGCAAGGCCAAGGCCAGUCGCGGCUGGGGCUCUGUGUCUGCCGACAUGCUCACGCGCUGCGACGACGCGCUGCUGGCUCUGCGGCUGGGCCCCGCCUACACCGACCACCUGGGCAAGCUGCAGGGGGCCGUCAAGUCGGCGGGCGGGCUGGAGGCGGUGUGCGGCGCCCCCGCGGCCUUCCUGGACAGCGCGCUGGUCAUUCAGGAGCUCAGCCUGGGCUCCAAGAUCAGCAAGGACCUGGCCGCGGCGCUGCUGGCCGCGCACGCCGACAAGGGCCCCGCCCGCCUGCUGCACCAGCCCGAGCUGCGGCUGCUGUGGCGCGCCGCGUUCGGCGGUCGGGCCGAGGUGUCCUGGUCGGACUGGUGGGCCGCCUUCCCCGCCGCCAUCGCGCAGCUGCCGGGGCUGCCGGGCCGCGGCAUGGGCCCGCUGGCGGACAAGCUGGCGCAGCUGCUGGCGGAGCCCUCCGCCAAGUCCGCCUUCCAGCGCCACGUGCUCGCCGCCAACAACGUCAUCCCCAUCGCCGGACACGGCGCCGAGGCCGCCGCCGGCCUGUCCGCCUACGCCCUGGCCGCCGCCUUCGGCGCCCCCCUGACCGACCAGGCCGCAGCCGGCUUCGACGACCUGGCGGGCGAGGUGGCGGCGGCGCUAACCGCCGCGUCGGUUGCGGUUGAGGGGCCGUACCAACUGCCGCCGCUGCCGCCCACCCACGUGCCGCGUGAUGACGUGUCGGCGCGAGUGGCGGCGGAGCUGACGGCGGCCCCGGGUGGCGGCGGCGGCGACCAGUGCCGCGCCGCCGUGCUGGUGGCGCCGCCGGGCAUGGGCAAGACCACACUGGCCAUUGAGGUGGCGUGGCGGCUGGUGACUGGCGGCGGCGCGGGCGGGGGUGUGGUGUGGGUGGACCUGGCUGGGGCGCGCACCUGGCACGACGUGGAGGCACGCAUCAUGGUGGCACUGGGGCUCAUCAAGGACAACUCUGAUGGCCGCCCCCGCAUCGCGUCCACCCUUCGCGCCUGCUGCUCGCCCGCGCGCCCGCUGCUGCUGGUGGUGGACACCAUUGACGACGCGCUGAGGCAGCCGGGCGCCGCCGAGGGACUGUGGGGGCUGCUGGGCGACAUCGCCGGCGGGGCGCCCGGCUACCCCGGCUGCCCGGGCGUGCGGCUGCUGCUGUGCAGCGCCGCCCCCGUGUCACUGGGCGACGGCGCGGCCAUCACCUGCAUCGAGGUUCCCCCCAUGUCCGCCACCACGGCCUCCAAGCUGGCGGCGCAGGUGUGCCCCGACCUGGCGCCCGCACAGGCCUCGCGCCUGGCGCUGGCCACCCGCUGCCUGCCGCUGGCCACCCGGCUGGCUGCGGGGCUGAGGGCGGAGGGGCGGCUCAGCACCAGGGACGUGGAGGCGCUGGGCGCGGCGGCAGCGCGGCCGCGGCCCGGAGGCCUGGACCUGGGCGGCGGCGGCGGCGGGUCUCAGGAGGCCAGUCCCGCGGACAUGACUGUGGCCAUCAUCGCCGGCUGCAUGACCGCCCUGCCCACCGCACAGCAGGUGGCGCUGCUGCAGCUGUCGGCGCUGCCCCCCGCCGGCGCCGGCCCGGACGCCACCGCCGCCGCCCUGAACCUGUCCGCCAACCCCGCGGCGGCGGUGGCGGGCCGCGCGGCGCUGACUGCCCUGACGCGGCUGGGGCUGGCAGGGCAGUCCACACUGCCGGGCCGCCGCACCCAGACCGUCAUGCACUCACUGGUCCGCACGGUGGCUGUGUCGGCUCUGGCGCCCGCGCUGGACCUGACAGUGCGCCCCGCCGCCGAGGACCGCGUGGCGAUGUCCCUGCUGGCCUCGCUGGGCGGCUGGGCCAAGGCCUACGGCGGCCGCGAGGGCGGCAGCAGUGUGCUGGCCGCCGCCCGCGCCGCGCAGCCCGAGUUCGCGGAGCUGCUGGCGCUACUCAGCCGCACCAGCCCGCGACUGAGCACCUCGGGCGCGCCGCCGCCCAUCCUGUCCGGCUGCGCGGCCUCGCCGGAGGAGGCGGCGGCGGCGGCGGGGCAGCGGCUGCCGCUGGAGACCAUUGUGACCGCCGCCAAGGGCUUCAACGGCGACGCGGCGGAGCUGCUUCACGGCCUGGGCGCCCUGCCCGCACUGGAGGGCGUGUGCGAGGCACUGUCGGCACCCGCGGUGGGUCUGGUGGCCAACCGCGCCUACAAGGUGGAGAUGGCCAAUGUGUACCGCGUGCACGCACUGGCGCUCACGGCGCAGGGCAAGUACGAGGAGGCUCAGGCGCACGGCAACAUGUGCAUCACACUGCGCACCGACGCCGCCAAGGCCAACCCCGCCUCGCCCGCCAUAGCCAGCGCCAACAUGUGCCUGGCGGCCAGCUUCGCGGGAAUGAGGUACUACGCGGACGCUGAGGAGCUGCUGCGCCAGUCCGUGGACAUCUGCAAGGCGUCCCUGGGCGACAAGAACCCGCACACGGCCUGGGCUCUGGCGGCUCUGGCGGCGGUGCUGGAGGCGCAGCAGGGCGCCAAGGCCGCAGAGGCGGAGCCGCUGUACCGGGCGGCGCUGGAGGGCAGGACGGCGGCGCAGGGCCCGCACCACCCCCGCACCAUCGAGGCCACCCUGGCCCUCGCCGCCGGCCUACACACCGCUGGCCGCUUCGACGAGGCCCGCCCCCUGUACGACGCCGCCACCGCCGCCGCCACCCGCGUGUUCGGCGAGUUCCACGCCGCCACCGCCACCGCCAUCGCGGGCGCCGCCGUGUGCGCCGACGCCGCGGCGGCCGCGGCCGCUGCCGGCGGCGGCGCCUCCGCCGCUGCUGCGGCUGCUGCUGCUGCUGCGGGCAGUGCUGCGGCCCACGUGCGCGCGGACGGCAUCAUGGCGGCUCUGCAGGCGGACACCGGGGAGGCCGUGUUCGUAAAGUACGGCAGGGCGCGCAACCUGCUGCAGCAGGGCGGCGCCGACCGUGCUCGUGAGGCCGAGGCGCUCCUGCGCAAGGCGGUGGACAUUGCCGCCCGGGCCCUGCCGCGGGACCCGCAGGGCCGCGAGCAGCCGCUGACGCUGACGGUGUGGCUGGGCCACGGCGACGCCCUGGUGGCGGCGGGCCGCGCCGCCGAGGCCGUGCCGGUGUUUGAGAAGGCGCUGGCGGCCAAGGUGCGCGUGCUGGGCACACAGGCGCACGCCGAGGCCGCCGCCAUCGCGCGCAAGGCGGCAGAGGCGGCGCUGGCGGCGCGGCGGUUCGCUGCGGCGGAGCCCCUGUGCCGCCAGUGGCUGGCCAUGGCCCAGCACGGCGUGGGUAUGGAGAGCGGCGAGGCGGGGGACGCGCUGGCGGCGUAUGCGGUGUGCCUGGGCGGCCAGGGCCGUCACCCCACUGCGGAGCCGCUGCUGCGGCAGUGCCUGGACGUGCGCAAGAAGACGGCGGGCGAGACGGCGCAGAUCACGGCCGAGGCCCGCAUGGCGCUGGCGGAGUGCCUGGCUGCCCAGCAGGACACGGAGGGCGCGGAGGGGCACUACCGCGAGGCGCACUCGGCACUGGCGGGGCUGGCGCUGGCCAUUGCGCAGGGCGGCGCCAAGGACGCCGAGGCCGAGGAGAAGCAGGCCGCCGCCAGCCUGGCCGCCGCCGCCGCCGCGCACGGGCUGGGCAGUGCGCUGGUGGGGCUGGGCCGCGCACAGGAGGCGGAGCCGGUGCUGCGGGACGCACUGGAGACACGGCGGAGGCAGCUGGGCACGGACCACAAGGACACGGCCGCCACGCUGUCCGCGCUGGCCGCCUGCCUGGCCGCCACCGGCCGCCCCGCAGACGCCGAGGCGCUCUUCCGCGGCGAUGUGGAGGCGGCGCGGCGCGAGCACGGGCCCGAGCACCCCAACACCGCCACCGCCAUGUCGGCACUGGCCGGCAGCCUGCAGGCGCAGGGCGGCGACAAGGCGCGGGAGGCGGAGGCGCUGUUCCGGGCCGCCCGCGACAUCUGCGUGAGCCAGCUGGGCCGCGAGCACACCAACACGCUCACCAUCACCGCCAACCUGGCCACCUGCCUCAGCGGCCAGGGCCGGUAUCAGGAGGCGCUGCCCUUCUACGAGGAGGAGCUCGAGCUGACCAAGUCCAUCCAGGGCGAGGACCAUCCCGACGUGGGCACCGCCCUCAACCACCUGGCCACCUGCCUGCAGAAGCUGGACCGGCUGCCUGAGGCCGAGCAGUCCGCCGCCGCCGCCGUGGCCCUGUACGGCCGGGCGCUGGGCGAGGAUCACCCCAACGGCGCGCUGGCCGCCAACAGCCUGGGCCUCAUCCUGCUGGCUCAGGGCGGCGGCAGGAGCCAGGAGGCGUGCGAGGUGCUGGAGAAGGCGCUGGCGACCUGCAACGCCAAGCUGGGCGGCUCGCACCCCUGGACGCAGGCCUCCAAGGCCAACCUGGAGGCGGCCAUGCGGGCGCGUGUGGAUGCGGGGCUGGACCCGCGGCAGCUGGAGGCGGCGCGCAAGGCGGCGGAGCCGGAGCCGGAGCCGGUGUCGGAGCCGGUGGUGCACACAGCCAUCACCAUGCUUUAGGGGGGGGAGGCGGGAGGAGGGACGGAGGAGGAGCUGAGGAGGAGCUGAGGAGGAGCUGAGGAGGGAGCCGAGGAGGAGGGGGCGGUCGAGGUGGGGAGGACGCGGGCGAAGGCGAUACAUACUGUUGUGUGGAAGGGGGGAGCCCGGUGCUGUGGUGCUGUGUGAGAGGGGGAGAUGGGAGGCGUUGCCUCACGGGCUUGGUUGGGCCGGUGCAUACAGCGGGGGCUCUUGGGGGCUGCAGGCAGCUUUGCCCGGCGGUGCGGGCGCCAGGCGGCCCCAUCACGGCACGGCGUCGACGUUGAAGUCCUCUUUAGUCGUUACCGCUGUGUGUGUCAAUGGGGCAUAGGACCAGUGCGCGCCCGGCCAUGUGUUUGGAUCUUACCAUAAUGUGAUGGUGUACAUACGAUAUGAGAUGCAGUUUGUAUUCGUGUUGUCGGGGGCUGUGUGGUGGGGGGCUGUGCGCUGCGUGCCACGUGCUGUGAAUGUGGCGCCGAAUGAGGCGUCUCUUGCACUGGUUACGGUGAGGGUGCGUGUGUGUGUAUGUAAGCGCUACAUGUG